ACCGUAAUCAUAAAUCUAUCGACAGUUUUUCUAAAAGUUUUCGAGUAAUCUUAAGCGGGUCUCAAGUUCUCAUCUCGUAUGCAGAUGCUGUAGUUCAGCAUCCUUUGUAUUUUUCGGUGUUUUUCUUUCAUUUCACAGUUUCUUCGUUGGAUUUUUUCGCAGUUAAUACGGUCUUCAAAGCUCAUUAUUCUAAAAUUGACGUUCAUCAUCGCGUUAUAUUCGUGAUUUAUAAUAUUCUACUAAGUUGUUCUGGAUUUGGAGAUUGAUGCAUUUUUGAAAAUUGCAUCAUUAUCUGAAGGCAUAAUUGUUGCAUCUCUUUAAAAAUAGUUAAAUACGGUCAUCAUUAAGUACAGCAGUGAAAAAACGGUAAAAAUCGGAUCCUAAAAUGCCAGAGAAUAAGUUACGAAUAGCCAUCACUUGCUCAAGCAAUAUGAACCGCAGUAUGGAAGCACAUUCAGUUCUAAGCAAAAAAGGAUACUCGGUGAAAUCAUUCGGAACCGGUGAUAAAGUGAAAUUACCGGGUACAGCGAUGGAUAAACCCAACAUUUAUGAUUUCAGUUGUACAUACGAUGAAAUAUACAACGAUUUAUCAAGAAAAGAUAAAGCAUUCUAUACUCAGAACGGUUUAUUACACAUGUUAGAUCGUAACAGGAGGAUAAAACUUAAACCAGAAAAAUUCCAGCUUUCGCCGGAUCAAUUCGAUUUAAUUAUCACGUGCGAAGAACGAGUCUACGAUCAAGUUAUUGAUUAUUUCAAUUCAAAGACACCUACUGACAAUACACCAGUCCAUAUAAUAAACGUUGAUAUCCAAGAUAAUCAAGAAGAAGCCACCAUCGGCGCUUUUUUCAUUUGUGAAUUAGUACAAUUGGUAUCGAAAUGUGAAGAUCUGGAUAACGAUUUAGUGAGAUUAUUGCCGGAAUAUGAAAAGAAAUGUAAUCGAUCGUUAUUACAUUGCAUGCUAUUUUACUAAAACGAAACAGCAGAACGGGCGAUCGAGUAGUUUCCGCAGCAUAUUCGUGAUAUUAAGUUUAAUUUUGACUUCGCAACGGAUGGUAUUUUUUUGGAAAAUUAUUUAUACUUUAAGCGAAUCAUCGCAAAUGUAUCUCUUCCGAAUUUUAUCGAUGAACCCAGCACCCUUAAUUGGGAGUAUUUAUUUAUUUAUUUUCAUCUAAGUUAAGUUAUAUUUUAAUAUAAACUUUUUGUUUCUCGCGUGCGACAAUUUGAAUCGAAUAAAUUGAAUUUUUAAAAUA